UAUUGAGAAAAUACCAAUUGCUUUUGGUAUUUCGCAAAAUAAAAUAAUCCUCUCUACAGAGGCAGUCUAGGGAUCUUUAGCUAUCGGUGCCGUUUUUUCUCAGCUUGAGCUACCGAUUUAUCGGAAUCUCGUUUCUAGAUCCGAAUAUCGCCUGCGAUCUAGGCUCCAGCUACUGGAUUGUAAACUGUAUUGUGGAAAUGGGUAAGAAGAAAUCAGAUGAAGCUGGUGCUGGUACAAAGUCGAAGCAGGGUGGGAAGGAGAAGUUCUCAGUGACUGAAUUACUCGCGAGCAUGGAUGCAAAACCUGAAAAGCCGAAGAAAACAAGCGCCUCCACUAGUAAACCCAAGCCAAAACCUGCUCCUAAAGCCUCGUCUUAUAUUGACGGUAUAGAUCUUCCUUCAUCUGAUGAAGAGGAAGAGGAAUUGGGCUCAGAGGAGGAGGCACAUCUGAUUGAGGUAAACAGCCGCAGAAAUAUUGCAAAGCCUAUUGACACAGGUCUCACCGACAAAGAGUUGAAGAAGCGUGGAAAGAAGGAUGUGCUUGUGGCUCAGGCGGCAGAGGUAGCCAAAAAGGAGGCACUCAGGGAUGAUCGUGAUGCGUUUACUGUUGUAAUUGGUAGCCGGGCGUCUGUACUUGAUGGUGAAAACGAUGCUGAUGCCAAUGUCAAAGAUAUAACAGUUGAAAACUUCUCUGUUGCUGCUCGAGGGAAAGAACUCUUGAAGAAUACUUCUGUGAAAAUCUCUCAUGGGAAGAGAUAUGGAUUGGUAGGGCCUAAUGGAAUGGGUAAAUCUACCCUGUUAAAGCUUCUUGCUUGGAGAAAGAUACCCGUGCCCAAAAAUAUUGAUGUACUUUUGGUUGAACAAGAAGUCGUUGGUGAUGAUAGAACAGCUCUUGAAGCAGUUGUUUCAGCCAACGAAGAACUUGUCAAACUUAGAGAAGAAGUUGCUACUCUGCAGGAUGCAUCCACUAUGUCCACUGGUGACAGUGAGGAAGAUGAUGAUGAAGGGAAUGACGUGGGAGAGAAGCUGAGUGAGUUAUAUGAGAAGUUGCAGUUGAUGGGAUCAGAUGCUGCUGAGGCUCAAGCGUCUAAAAUUCUUGCUGGGUUGGGUUUUACUAAAGAUAUGCAGGGUCGAGCAACACGGUCCUUUAGUGGUGGUUGGAGGAUGAGAAUAUCAUUGGCCAGAGCACUUUUUGUUCAGCCUACUUUGUUGCUGUUGGAUGAGCCUACAAAUCAUCUCGACCUCAGGGCUGUUCUCUGGUUGGAAGAAUACUUAUGCAGGUGGAAGAAAACUCUAAUUGUUGUCUCACAUGACAGAGAUUUUCUAAAUACCGUUUGCAACGAGAUUAUCCAUCUCCAUGAUUUGAAGCUUCACCUUUAUCGUGGAAAUUUUGAUGAUUUCGAAGGUGGAUAUGAGCAGCGCCGCAAAGAGGCGAAUAAGAAGAGCGAGGCUUAUGAAAAACAGCUGAGAAAUGCUAAGAGAUCUGGCAGUCGAACUCAGCAGGAGAAGGUCAAGGAUCGAGCCAAAUUUAAUGCUGCCAAAGAAGCGUCGAAGAGCAAGAGUAAGGGUAAGGUUGAUGAGGAUGAGCCUGUAGCAGAGGCACCACGGAAAUGGAAAGAUUACACAGUGGAAUUCCAUUUCCCUGAGCCUACUGAGCUAACACCACCACUUUUGCAACUACUCGAAGUUAGCUUUAGCUACCCAAAUCGCGAGGACUUCAGGCUGUCUAAUGUGGAUGUGGGCAUUGAUAUGGGGACUCGUGUAGCAAUUGUCGGACCCAAUGGAGCUGGAAAAUCAACCUUGCUCAACCUUCUUGCAGGUGAUAUAGUUCCAACAGAGGGUGAGGUGAGGAGAAGCCAGAAACUAAGGAUAGGCAGAUACUCGCAGCACUUUGUGGAUCUCCUGAUAAUGGAUGAAACGCCGGUUCAGUAUCUGCUUCGGUUACAUCCAGAGCAAGAAGGGCUCAGCAAGCAGGAGGCCGUCCGGGCAAAGCUGGGCAAGUUUGGACUUCCCAGCCACAACCAUCUGACUCCUAUUGCAAAACUAUCCGGAGGGCAGAAGGCGCGCGUGGUUUUCACUUCCAUAUCCAUGUCUAAGCCGCACAUUCUACUGUUGGAUGAGCCGACCAAUCAUUUAGAUAUGCAGAGUAUCGAUGCAUUGGCAGAUGCACUGGAUGAGUUCACAGGAGGCGUCGUCCUCGUCAGCCAUGACUCUAGGCUUAUAUCCCGCGUGUGUCAAGAUGAAGAAAGGAGCCAGAUAUGGGUGGUGGAAAACGGAACUGUUGAGGCUUUCCCUGAUUCAUUUGAAGACUACAAGGAUGAGCUUGUCAAGGAAAUCAGAGCUGAGGUUGACGAUUGAUUGGUCGCUUCGCAUGAGGGAUGACUAAAGUCUAUGAAGAUUGGGAGAGAUUGGUGAGAGCUGCGGUGAGGAAACAAGAGCUGUGGGAACUCUUUCACGACCACUCGAGGACUCCGAGCGGCGGCUCCACCACCACCACCUCCGGCAGCCCUGCUUCAGCCUCUCCCAGGACUCUGGUCAGCCGCCACGCUGAGCCGCUUCCGAGUAGCUCUGCCGCACACGUUUUGCCGGCGGGGGAGAUGGAGAUGGAGAUGGAGAUGAAGAUGAAGACAAGGAAGUCGAGGUUGCGGCUGGAUCGAUGGGUCUUCACUCGAUGGAUUUCCAACACUUUUCACUCCACUUCGCCAAAGAGAUCUGAGAUUCGAGUUGGUCUUUAAAUUUAUUAUUUAUGUUUUAUUAAUAAAUUAAUAAAAAAAUUAUAUGCUCUUAUUCAUUUUUACAGCAUAUUUUGAAUUUUUAAUGGCUUUGUAAUAAACAUAGAAUUAUUGACCAUUGUUGUGAAAUAGGAAAAGAAUGCGAUGCAAAAUGAUGUAUUAUUA